UUACUAGUCGUCAAGGAGAAUCAACAAGUAAUCUCAAUUCGAACUCGUCAAAAUUAGAUGUGUAACUUUUGAUUGAAUUUUUAACCGUUCUGAUGUACAAAAUUGAAAUUAAUGGCGUGUAGAAAAGCCCCCUCUCGGGCGCAGUACUGCUGUCGCACCCGUAGAAGACGACGCCCCCGACGACGAGGGUGUCGCAAAAGUUGCCGGCCCGGAAAACUCACUCGGAACCCCUUUUUCAACUACUUGCGAUGGUUCCGAAAGAAACAUUGCGGCUGGAGUGCCGUCAAAGUAGCCGUCGAGGGGGCCAAAUGCUGGUGCAGGAUGUCGGACCAGCAAAGGAGGAAGUUUUAUCAAGAAGCGUGCCGCGCCCCCAAGUCUAAGAGAAGGAGCUGCUCGACGAGGAGGAAAGGAAGGAGUUGCUCGAGGCGGAGGAGAAAGAGGAGUUGCUCGAGGAGGAGGAAACGAAGGAGUUGCUCGAGGAGGAGGAGAAAAAGGAGUUGCUCGAGGAGGAGACGCAGGAGGAGCUGUCCGAGGAGAAGGAGGAAGUCCAGGUGCGGGCACAAGAGGCGGAGGAGGUCCUCCAGCUGUCACAAGAGGAGGUCCACGUGCUAAAGACGUCCAGUUAUGCCAAAAUUAAUAAAUGUGUCCCCCCUUUUAA